UUUACUUAUUUUACAAGCACCUGUUUUCAUCUUUGUGAAGUUGUUCCUGAUAGGUGUAUUUAUGCCUCUUUCUGGGAUACACAGGUAAAAACGAAAGUAGGAAACGGAAGUGCUCGAAAUUUUUUCUCCCGGCCCAGUUAUUAGAGUAUGUCGUCGGAGUCAGGCGACACUAAAGAGAUUGAGGAUAAGCCCGAGUCUCCGGAUAAUGUCAACACAAACGCGGAGCCCAUGGUUGUAGAUGGUACAACGAAUGGGAACGAGGGAGUAGAAGUAGCAGACGACGAAUUGCCACAAGUAGGAAGCGAGUCCGAACAGCAGAAGAAAGAACAGAAAGGUAAAACAGAAGACGAGGCGACUGACGAGACGCAGAAAGCUGACGAAGAAGAACUCGCUGACACACAGGAAUUGACAGAACCUGUCGAUCGUCAGAAAACAGAAGAGGAAGAGGCGACUGACGAGACGCAGAAAGCUGACGAAGAAGAAAUCGCUGACAUACAGGAAUUGACAGAAACUGUCGAUCGUCAGAAAACAGAAGAGGAAGAGUCAACACGGAAAAGUGAUGAAGACAUCGAUUUUGAAGACAAUAGCGAUGAUUUAGAUAAAUUUUACCAUCCUUCUGACAGUGAUAGUGAAAAAGAAAUUGAAGCAUUGAGAGAAGACAUGGGUAACUCUAAGACCAAGGACAAAACGAAACCUGGAAAAAGAAGUGGGGCUACCUCCUACCAAGAUUCAUCGAGUGACGAGUAUGAGGAAGCAUGGUCCAAACCCUGGCGAUCUAGUACAGAAAGGUCUAGAAAUCCACGGAAACAUGCGUUCACGAGGCGAUGGAGUCAGAAAGACACAGAGGAUUAUAGGAAGGGAUACCCGGGGAAGAAGGACAUUUCUGGAACACUCAACUUAGAAUUUUACACAAACCGCCUCACAUCACGUCCAAAUGGUGACAAAAUUGAUGUCAUACACGAGAAAUGGUAUGGAGACUACGACAAACUUGAGAGUCACCAUGGUUACAUACAGUGGUUGUUUCCUAUCCGAGAAAAUGGAAUGAACUUCUAUGCUCAAGAAUUACAAGUUAAGGAAGCUGAGGCAAUUAGGAAGGACCCAAAGACUUGUGGACGAGUUUUAACGUCGUACAAGAUGAUGCUGGACUUCUACGGGAUGAAGCUGAAGGAUGAUAACACCGGGGAACUAGAGAGAAAACGAAACUGGCGACAGCGGUACAGCCAUCUCAACAGGUCCAUGCAUAACUAUCUUCGGAUCACGCGGAUCUUGAAGUCACUGGGAGAACUUGGCUAUGAACAUCUGAAAGCUCCAUUUGUGCGUUUCAUCCUGAAGGAAGCCAUGGAACAGAAGACCCUGGAAAAUACACUUGAUAGUUGCUACAACUACUGGAUAGAGACCAUCAAAGACGACAAGACCAGAGAGGAACUUCGAGACUUUGCAGAUAAUGUCAUUUGUUCUGAUUCAUAAAGACUGUUUCUUGUCAUGUUUUUAUAGUUUUUAGAGGGUUUUCCCUGAUUAAUUCAUCAUUGAUAAAGUAGUGUCAGGAAAUGGAAGCUGAAGUUUCUCUUAUGUUUGAACAGUACCGUAUUCGACGUAAUAAGCACCCAAGGCGCUCUCAAAAUUAGGAAUAGGGGGCUCUUAUUAGAAUAUAAUUUUGGUGAAAAAAACAGAGUUGAAAGAUAAAUUUCGUGGUUUAUGCUGACA